GGCGGGGGCUGGGGCUCGGCCCAGAGGCUCAGGGUGGGCACUGUGGGCAGGGAGGGGGCCGAGGUGUGGAGGCAGGGGAGAAUGCGCCUCUCCAAAACCCUGGUCGACAUGGACAUGGCCGACUACAGUGCUGCGCUGGACCCGGCCUACACCACCCUGGAAUUCGAGAAUGUUCAGGUGUUGGCGAUGGGCAAUGAUACAUCCCCAUCAGAAGGUGCCAACCUCAACGCACCCAAUAGCCUGGGUGUCAGUGCCCUGUGUGCCAUCUGUGGGGACCGGGCCACAGGCAAGCACUAUGGUGCCUCGAGCUGUGACGGCUGCAAAGGCUUCUUCCGGAGGAGUGUGAGGAAAAACCACAUGUACUCCUGCAGAUUCAGCAGGCAGUGUGUGGUAGACAAAGACAAGAGGAACCAGUGCCGCUACUGCAGGCUCAAGAAGUGCUUCCGGGCUGGCAUGAAGAAGGAAGCUGUCCAGAAUGAGCGGGACCGAAUCAGCACACGGAGGUCCAGCUAUGAGGACAGCAGCCUGCCCUCCAUCAACGCGCUGCUGCAGGCAGAGGUCCUGUCCCAGCAGAUUACCUCCCCUGUCUCUGGAAUCAAUGGUGACAUUCGGGCUAAGAAGAUUGCUAACAUCGCAGACGUGUGUGAGUCCAUGAAGGAGCAGCUGCUGGUAUUGGUCGAGUGGGCCAAGUACAUCCCAGCUUUCUGUGAGCUCCCCCUGGACGACCAGGUGGCCCUGCUCAGAGCCCACGCUGGCGAGCACCUACUGCUGGGAGCCACCAAGCGAUCCAUGGUGUUCAAGGACGUCCUGCUCCUGGGGAAUGACUACAUUGUGCCCCGGCACUGCCCAGAACUGGCGGAGAUGAGCCGAGUGUCCAUUCGCAUCCUCGAUGAGCUGGUGCUGCCCUUUCAGGAGCUGCAGAUCGAUGACAAUGAGUAUGCCUGUCUCAAAGCCAUCAUCUUCUUUGACCCAGAUGCCAAGGGGCUGAGUGACCCAAGCAAGAUCAAGCGUCUGCGCUCGCAGGUCCAGGUGAGCUUGGAGGACUACAUCAAUGACCGCCAGUAUGAUUCACGCGGCCGCUUUGGCGAGCUGCUGCUGCUGCUGCCCACGCUACAGAGCAUCACCUGGCAGAUGAUCGAGCAGAUACAAUUCAUCAAACUCUUCGGCAUGGCCAAGAUCGACAACUUGCUGCAGGAGAUGCUGCUGGGAGGGUCCUCCAGUGAUGCACCUCAUGCUCACCACCCGCUGCACCCUCACCUGAUGCAGGAACACAUGGGCACCAAUGUCAUUGUUGCCAACACAAUGCCCACUCACCUCAGCAACGGACAGAUGUGUGAGUGGCCCCGACCCAGGGGGCAGGCAGCCACCCCUGAGACGCCACAACCCUCACCGCCAGGUGGCUCGGGGUCUGAGCCCUACAAGCUCCUGCCAGGAGCCAUCGCCACAAUCGUCAAGCCCCCCUCUGCCACACCCCAGCCGACCAUUACCAAGCAAGAAGUCAUCUAGCAAGCUGCAGGAGUCAGGGGCUCUGUGAGCUCACCCUACCCCUCAGAGAAUGCCUGGUGACCACUUGGUCACAGCCAAGGAAGGCGUGACAAGAGGGCCAGUUCCAGAGCAGGAAUGGAAAGGGGGAAGGGCCCAGGAACAUGGGCUGAGAGCCACAUCCCAUUGCUAUCCUUGACCCUGUGCUCUGGAUGAUAGGACUUUGACUUGGGGAGACAUCAGCUGGAAAGCCCUCUGCUGCCUUGGACAACUUUCCUCAUGUUGAAGCCACUACCUUCACCUUCAUCCAAACCCUGAGCUUCAUCACCCGCCAAGGACAGCUGACUGGAGAUGCUAUGGGACCUUGCUUAGACACAGCUCCCUUUCCCCCAAGCUGGGACUCUGCUCCCCCGGUACUGGUCAUGGUGUCCAGUCACAGCCUCAUGAGGCUGGGUCAGGCCAUGGCACCUUGCUCCUCCCUCUUCUACUGCCCCCAUCUCAAAUACCCCUCUCCACCCUCUGCUGUAACCUCCCUCAGCCAUCCUGUCUUCUCCAAAGCCCCCUCUCUGGGGGCUGAGGAAGACAUAGAAGCCAUUCCCCCAGGCAUCCCUGGAACACUCUGUAAGCGCUGACUGGGGCUAGGUUGAGGCAGGAGACUGCUGAGCAGGAAGAUGCCAUUCCUCCUCCUCAGGCUCUGCUAUUCUUCCUUUCUCCAGGCACAGGAGUGGGGACUUGGAAUGAUGGUCCCCAUGGACUUUGAACAAUGAGAGAACAAUCCAGGGUUAACAACUGCAACAGGACUUGGGGGAGGGUGGAGCAUGGGGCCUUGAAUGCUAGACUGAGGCCAGGAGUAGGUGGUGAGGGAUAGCCAGGAUGUCAGAAGAUGAAUACAGCACCCUACAAAAUGUGGAAGGUUGGGAGGGAGCAGGAAGUUCAGAUGAGGCUCGUGAUGUAAUGAGGGUGAGACUGUUGCGAUGGAAAGGAGGGGAUGGGUGAUCUUCAAGUCAGGGUUAUUUCAAGGAGGAAUUAUUAUUAUUAUUAUUAUUAUUAGUGUGUGUGCGUGUGUGUGUGUGUGUUACCGGGGAUCGAACUCAGGACCUUGUGCUUUUGAGGCAAGCGGCAAUGCCACUGAGCUAAAUCCCCUGCCUUCAAGGAGGAAUUAUUCCAGGCCAGUCACAAGCUCUCAUUCCUCAUUCCUAGGCACUGUUGGAAGCAUAUGACAUCCAGUGUCUCCUGGAGCCCUCCCUAUUACCCAGAGAUUGUUACUGACAAUGCAAUGGAGUUCUAAGAGGUUAAGUGACUUUUAAAAUGUGGAACUCAUACACACAGUCAGUGACUGAGUCAGACCAUGAACCCAGGUCUCCCUGGAUCAGAACAGGAGAUCUUAACCACCUAAAAGAACCCCCAUGUUCACAGUGAUCCCACUGAGGGACUUCCCGGUCCUUCACCAGCCUCAAAACCCAAAGGUUCAUUCUUUCUAGAAGCCCUGCCCACUCUCAGAACCCACAUUGGCCUGAGGCUGCACUCAAGUCCACUGAAGGUCCAGAAUCCUAUUUGCUGAUAAAUAUGAAGGCGAAUUCAUGACUCUUGACCCCUUUUCUCUCUUCAUUCCCCAACUCUGGAGAGGUGCAAUAAGGGUCUGGCUCCCGGGAGACCAACCAGUCUGGCUUGUCAGUCUAUAGAUGGAUGAGGGGCAGGGGAAGAGUUAUAGUCGGGCUUUGAGGCUUGCUUUGGGGAGCAUCAUUCAAGGUACAUUCUAGAAACAUUAAACCCCAGGGCAGAGCAACCAACACCUUAUCCCUGCAGAAUCUUGAUGGCUCUGGGGAGAUUCUGAAAAAUGUAACUGACCAGUGGGACUAAAAGGGAUGUAUCCUAAGAGUGUAAGUGUGACCAGGUAGCACAGUAAGCUGUUAGACUGAUACAAAGCUGACCCUUCUGAGUGGAUAGGGGAGCAGUACCCAGUGCCCAGAUAUUCCACAAGUAGUGAUUGUUUCUUGUUGCAAGAGAGGCAUGGAGAAAUACUGGGGCCAUGUUUCAGAGGACUCUGCAGCCCGGGGCUGUCAGGAUUGGCCUCUCCACUCCAGCAAGCCAAGUCUCAGAUUCCAGGAAAGACCACUCCCUGCUCAGAGCUUUCAAACUUUCCCUAGCCACCCUCACUCCAGUGCUCCAGAAUUCGCAGCCAAAUGGCUCAGACCAGUCUACCUGAGGCAAGAAAUCUGGGAUCAUUCUGGUCAUUGCAAUCAUUCCCAUUCUUUGUCCAAUCCCUCUGCCAAUGUUUCCCAGGCCUCCAUCAUGGGAGCAAAGUUGAGAAAAGAAUUGUCCAUAAAGUCAGGUAAUAGUGGCCUUUAAUGGUACCAGUCUUCUGGAGCAGGGGGUCAAUCUUCCACCCCUAAUCCAUCCCUUCUGGAGGAGAAAUCCAUUCCACUUUAAUAACUUUAUUGCAAUGAAGGAAAGAAAAUAAAGAAACGUUUACUUUCUAAGCUGAGGACACUACAUUGGAAUUUUUUUAACCUGAAUUGUGACCCUAAAACAUUAAAUCUGAUGUACUAAAUAGGGUUGGUGGAAGGCAAGUGCAGGUACUGUCACCAGGACACCUCUUAAAGAAGUUCUCAGGAACUUGCAGAAUCCAUAUAGCUCUCAAGGGAAGAGAGGGCUGCAGCUGGAUGCUCCUCAGUUUCCUACAAUGGCCAAGCCAAUCACCUUUGCCAGAUUUUCCUGUGAUCUGCUCUAAGAUGAAUUGUGAAAUUCACAUCAAGCAAUUCUGGAAGAUGGACUGCAUCCUAUCAUGAUCUGCCACUUCCCAUGGGUGUGUGGAUGUCAUUAGGUCCCACGCUGACUCCCCAACUCCCAUCACUGCCGCCCAAUGGGGCAAAGAAGCAAAAAACAUUUCUUACUCAUGUGUUUUAACAAAAGUUUAUACUGCAAUAAAACAAAUGGUGCAUAUGUUUUCUAA